AUUCUGCACGUCAGCUUUAAAACAUGUCAAGUUAUCAUCAACUUGCACACAAAAAGCAGGUGAAUCUUGCACAUUUUCUUGUAAUAAUGGAUAUACCCCGACAACUUCAAAGAACUUACUUUGUACAGAUAUGGGCACCUGGAGCCAGAACACCAGAAAUUUAUGCUUAAGAAACACAUCCUCACAACACAAUAGCGAAAACUAUUUUAAAAUAUACAAUAUGUAUGUCUACAUUGGAUCAUCAAUUGCAGCCAUCGCUGGAAUAAUUUUCGCUGUAGCUCUUGCAAUAGCGUGUUUCCUCAAAAGAAAAAAUAAAUCUCGCGAUUCGUACCAGACAUCGGUGCACGCGGAACACAAUUACUCGAUAAUCAGAAGUCGUGGAUAUUUGACUGGAAGUAAUAGAGAAGAGGGGCAAGAACCUGCUGAAUACAUUACCACUGAUGACCAGUUCAUUACAGAAUAUGUGGAACCAAUGAAAGACAUGUAUCUGAACCCUGUGUAUAGCUACUAAACUGUGCUACUCAUCUGCAGCAAGAAACUUAUGA